UAAAAAACGACUGGUCGUUGACAAUCUUAGCUUCUUCCCUAUUUUCCAAUUUCAAAGGGGAAAAAUAAUUAAAAAAAAAAAAAGAUCAACACACUGGCAUUCUUGUUGAUCUUUUACCUCGCCCAUGGAACGCAGAGAAAAUCAAUCUCCUCGAGACGAAAGAGCUCGGAUAUUAGUGGAAUUCUUAGAGGUAGCAAUUACAUCAAUCGUUUUCCUCAAAGGAGUAUACCCUAGCGGUGCAUUUGAGAGGAGGAGGUACAUGAAUGUUGUGGUGCAGAGAGCUAGACACCCGCAGCUCAGAGAUUAUAUUCACUCUGCUGUGAUUGGACUCCUUCCUUUCAUCCAAAAGGGAUUGGUCAACAGAUUGGCUGUAAUAUUUUCUAGCACAGAUAAUAUCCCAGUAGAGAGAUUCAUUUUCAAGCUCACAGUGAACCAGUCUUGUGACUUGAAGGUGGAAGAAAGUGACCUGGAAUUCUCCCUUAGGUCAUUCUUAAUGAAACUUUCUGGCUCAGGGCCUCUUACCAAAGUCCUCCCACGGGAUUGUAGGUGGGAAAUAACAGCCUACUUUAGUUCCAUUCCUGAGGUUGGUGCAAGCAAGCAUCAGCAUGCAGACUUAUGGAUCCCAACUGACACAAAGCAAUGGCGACAACCCCCACUGAUAACCCCAAUCAAGUCAAUGAGUAGCGAGCCUUUGUGCAUGCAACUAUAUUUGGAACACCCAAGUCUAUCUGAGCCGAAGCCUGAAGAGGGGAGUUACUAGACUCCUGCAAUUGAUGUAUUUAUGUCAUUGAAUAUCUGUGCAUGGGACUGAUACUCUUUUUCAAUUGUUAUUUUAACACAUAGUAGAAUGAUAUGUUAGGAAAUUCUGCAUGUUCCAAAAGGUAAAAUUAUGUCAUGAUCUUUUUGGUAAGAACUUCGAAGGUGGUUGAACAAAUUUUCAAUUGUUGCUCCUCUUCUCUCGCAAUCUAUCAAGGCAAUCUAAAGCACAUGUUUCAUCGAUUUA